AUGUAUCGAUCUCUGAUAUUCGCCACUUCCCUCCUUUCGCUGGCCAAGGGUCAGCUUGUGGGCACUGAACAGACCGAGACCCACCCUGGCAUGACCUGGCAGACCUGUACUGCAAAAGGGAGCUGCACCGCGAAGAAUGGAAAGGUCGUGAUUGAUGCGAACUGGCGAUGGCUACAUGUGAAGGGCGGAUAUACGAAUUGCUACACAGGCAAUGAAUGGAACGCAACUGCCUGUCCAGACAACAAGUCUUGCGCUACUAAUUGCGCCAUUGAUGGUGCCGACUACAAGGCGACCUACGGCAUUACUGCGAGCGGCAACUCCUUGGAACUGAAGUUCAUCACCAAGGGCUCGUACUCUACUAACAUCGGGUCUCGCACGUACUUGAUGCAGGAUGAUUCGACGUACCAGCUCUUCAAGUUUACAGGAAGCCAGGAAUUUACCUUUGACGUAGACUUGUCAAACUUGCCUUGUGGUCUCAAUGGCGCGCUCUACUUUGUCUCGAUGGACGCUGAUGGUGGGCUCAAGAAGUACCCCACGAAUAAGGCCGGAGCCAAAUACGGCACAGGAUAUUGCGAUGCUCAGUGUCCCCGAGACUUGAAGUUCAUCAACGGCGAGGGUAAUGUAGAGGGCUGGCAGCCCUCUAAGAACGACCAGAACGCUGGUGUUGGCGGCCACGGCUCUUGUUGCGCAGAGAUGGAUAUCUGGGAAGCGAACUCCGUCAGCACGGCGGUGACUCCCCAUUCUUGCUCCACCAUCGAGCAGUCCCGCUGCGACGGAGACGGAUGUGGUGGGACAUACUCCGCGGACCGUUAUGCAGGUGUGUGCGAUCCCGAUGGCUGCGACUUCAACAGCUAUCGAAUGGGUGUCAAGGAUUUCUACGGCAAGGGCAAGACUGUCGAUACUUCGAAAAAGUUCACCGUCGUUACCCAAUUCAUUGGAAGCGGCGAUGCCAUGGAGAUCAAGCGCUUCUACGUACAGAACGGCAAGACGAUUCCACAGCCUGAUUCCACCAUUCCGGGCGUCACUGGCAACUCCAUCACCACAUUCUUCUGCGAUGCGCAAAAGAAGGCUUUUGGGGACAAAUAUACUUUCAAGGACAAGGGUGGCAUGGCUAAUAUGGCCAAGGCACUUGCCAAUGGCAUGGUGCUCGUCAUGAGUCUGUGGGAUGAUCAUUACUCUAACAUGCUCUGGCUCGACUCAACCUACCCUACCGACAAGAACCCAGAUACCGAUGCAGGUAGUGGGCGUGGUGAAUGCGCGAUAACUUCAGGUGUGCCGGCUGAUGUGGAAAGUCAACAUCCGGAUGCGUCUGUCAUCUACUCGAACAUCAAGUUUGGCCCGAUCAACACGACAUUCGGCUAG